CACACACACAAUGAGGUAGGCUGCCUCCUACACAACACAGUCAUUUCGGGCUGACACUAGGCUGACUGCCGACCGUGGACGGAGAACAUACAGAAAGGACAAUUUCAUCCCGAAAAUAAUACAAGGUGUUCGUUUGAUUCAAACGGAAAUUAGCCCACUGUCUAGACUACAGCGUGUCAUAAUUUGCCCUGCGUAUAGGCUACAGGAUGGAUGUCCAGAGUAUGAAAUAGAGACUAACCGAGUAGCAUAUCUAAACCGAUGAUGAGCGGGGUUACUUCGGGCACAGGGUCGGCUUCGUGCCGCUUCGCCCACUACUUCGUGGUGUGUGGAUUGGACACGGAGACUGGUCUAGAACCCGAAGAAUUAGCAGGUGAGAGCUUUGAGCAGAGCCCUCUACGGAGGUCCUUCAAGUCCAAGGUUCUGGCCCACUACCCUGAGAGCACAGACAGGAGUCCCUUCAACAGAGAUGCAGUCAACAUGCUCUGCAUGCCGCACGGCCUGUCGUUCCGUAGUCAGGCGGACGGCCGCGAGCACCACUUCCACUCCUUCACGGUCGCCCAGGACGACGGCACGCGCUCCUAUGGCUUCGUGCACACGUACUACGAAGCAGUGACAAGUGCCCAGAUCACCACGGCGAUGCAGACCCUUCAUCAGAUGCACCAUGUGGAGCACUACUCCACCUCCUCUUCGUCAUCUUCCUCCGCCUCCUCGCCCUCCACAUCCAGCAUGGACUCUCUGGUGAGCAGCCUGGAUGAGUUGGAUGCCGACUCCCUGUCGGCUUGUUUGGGCUGCGCGGCGGGCUCCUUCCAGCCGGCCCGGGACACCCUGUAUGCCUCCAAGGCCCUCUGCCUCCUCACGCCCCUCCCCUUCCUGCACGCCGCCCACCACUUCCUGUCCCAGUUGCACCAGACGGUGACAUCGCAAGCGGCCCCGCCACUGCCUUUGGAGAGCUACAUCCACAACAUCCUGUACGAGGUGCCCGUGCCGCCGCCCGGUCGUUCGCUCCAGUUCCACGGGGUCCAGGGGCCUAUCGUGUGCCAGCAGCCCGGCCCAGAGGAGCUCCCGCUCGGGGACUACCCACUGGGAGAGGCCUUCUCCCUGCUGGGGGUGGAGAACAUGGUGAGGCUGCUCACCUCUGUGCUGCUGGAGACCCAGGUCCUGCUCUACUCACAGGACUACCAGCGGUUGAUGACGGUGGCAGAGGGCAUCACCAACCUACUGUUUCCAUUCCAGUGGCAGCACGUCUACCUGCCCAUCUUGCCCGUGCCCCUGCACCAUCUCCUGGAUGCCCCCGUGCCCUUCUUGAUUGGCAUCCAACGGAAGGAUUGCUCCCAAUGCUCCACUUUGGAUCUGUCCCAUGAGGCCAACCUGUGCUUUGUGGACAUAGACAACCACCGUGUGGAUCCACCCGAGGACCUGCCCCUCUUCCCAGACCAGCCCGAGCUCAUCCUCGAGCUGAACGAGGUGCUGCUGCGUUUCGGCCUCCAGCCACAUGGUGGCGCCACCACCGGCAACCCCGCCCCUGCCGCUCCCCUCUGCCUCAGCAGCCUCGUCCUGGAGGAUCUGAUGGAAGACAGGCGCAAUGGGAACCUGGGAGGGGAGGAGUUGGCCGUGCUGGAACGACUGCAGGCACUAGCCAGGAGGUGUGGAGAAGGAGGGGUGGAGGGGGGAAAGACCCUUGGACGGGCGUUCCAGGAGGAGGAGGAGGAACUGAAUGCGGCCAAAAUGAACGUGCAGCUGAGGGAGGUGUUCGCAGGGCGUUUUGCCGUCAUUUUCGGGAGGUACGAAGAGUUUGUGAUCCACAGCGCUCCCGACCUGGAGUCCUGGCUAGGCAACCGUGACGGAACCAGCAACUUUGAUAAGGGCUCCUUCCUGUCGGUGCAGCCUGCCCCGCACCUGCACUUCCUGUCCUGGUUCCUGGAGACGGCCAUGUUCUCAUCAUUCUUGGACAGCAAGGUGUUGUCUCGCUGGGCCGACCAGGAGCCACUGCAGCGUGUGUUCGACGGCCGCCUGGAGAGGGAGCACCCUUACGACACGUUGGAGGAUGACCCCGGCAACCGUCGCUACAGGAAGUGCAGCGUGCUCCACAAGUCAGCCCAGGCCAUGGAACGCAGGUUGCUGAAGGUUGACCACACGGCCAUCCACCCCCACCUGUUGGACAUGAGGAUCGGCCAAGGUCGACACCAACAGGGCUGCUUCCCCAGGCUGCAGGCUGAUGUACUGGCACAGGGACAUAACACCAAUAAGUGGUCAAGCCGUAACACUCGCAGGAGCGACAUUAAGAGACCAGUGACCAAUGACACGACAUCAGGACUGGGCAAUGACCAGAGAGAGAAGUAUUCCCCGGGGAGGAGGAGCCUAAACCAGUCCAAGCUUCUUGACCCCUCCCCCUCAGCUGUCACUCAAAUCCAGCGGGGGUUUGUGGAGGGGCUCCUGAGUGAAUGUCGCCUGAAGACCAGGCGUAUGUUGAUGGAGAGGAUGGGGAAGGAGAGUGUGGAGCUGGGUCAGGGUGAGGCCAGCAUCACAGGUCUGCAGGAGAACACACUGAUACACAGCCUCUGUGACCUGCUGGAGAGGACCUGGGGCCACGGGCUGCUGCUCAAACAGGGAAGGUCGGCUCUGUGGUCCCACCUGCUCCACUGCCAGGCCAAUGGGGAGAAGAUGGAGCCACCAUCACCUGCCGAGUCUCCAGUGUCCAAUGGGCUGGACAGCAUGAGGCUAGAGGAGGGGCUUGCACCCCCGAAGGGCUCCUUUGUACAGGAUAUGAGGUUUGUCCAGACUAUGAGUGAGGGUCUCAGUGAGAUGGGUCGGGCGCGGGCCUGGAUCCAUCUUUCCCUGGAGAAGAAAGUGCUCUCGCAACACCUCAAACUGCUGCUGGCCAACCAGAACCUAAUCAGGCAGCUGUACAAGCCCCAUGCGUUCCUACUGUGUGAGGAGGAGAGGGAGCAGUUCCUGUUCCACCUGCUGUCCCUCAACACUGUGGACUACCUCUGCUUCACACGCACAUUCACCUCCAUCAGCAUUCCAUACCGUGUUGUCAUAACGCCCAUGAAGAAGCUGAGCAUUGCCAUGACAAUGUCCAACCCUUGGGUGUGUGUGUCUGGAGAGCUGGGGGACUCUGGGGUCAGGCAGAUCCCCAAGAACACACAGGAGAUCAUCUUCCAGUGCCAGAACCUGGGCAGGCUGAGCACCCUGCAGUUGGGGCAGGAGAACUCUGGCCUACUGGCUAAGUGUCUGGUAGACUGUGUGAUUGUGCACAACGAGAUCACUGGACACACCUACAGGUUCCCCUGUGGCCGCUGGCUGGGGAAGGGUGUGGGUGACGGCAGCCUGGAGAGGGUGCUGAUUGGUCAGCUGGUGUCUCCCAGAGGAGAGGAGGAGUCUGGGAGGUGGACGGGGACGCCCCCGGAGCAGGGUUCACCCCCUCAGAGUGGACACAUGGGGUCACUGGGGCGCUGUAACAACAGACUGUCUUCUGUCCAGGUGCAGGAGGAAAUGAGGGAGGCAGUAAACAACCUCGUCAAGCACUUCCACAAAGCAGAGCAGGAGAGGGGGAACCUGACUGCUCUGCUGUGUGGAGAGGAGGGGCUGGUGCACUCCCUGGAACAGUUCCUCCUACAUGGAUUCAAGUCCUCCCGCUUAUUCCAAAGGAGUGUGUUCAUAUGGGACUUUGUGGAGAAGGUGGUGGUUUCCAUGGAGACGGCGGAUCAAAUGGGUGACUUGCGGGGGUCAACGGAACUGUGUGACUCUCUGUGUCACUAUGCCAACGCCAUCAACGCCUCGCCGCGGAACAUCGGCAAGGAGGGCAAGUUCCAGCUGCUGGUCUGCUUGGGAGUCAGGGACCAGCUGCUGCCCCAGUGGCUCCCCUUGUUGGCCGAGUCCCACCUGACAGCACGUCUCUACGAGGAGUCGGCUUUGGUCCAGGACCACGCAGCCGUCAACUCCCUCUCUCGCAUCCUCCAUACCCUCCACGAGUUCCCCAUCACCCUGGAGACGGCCCUCAUUAAGGGGGUUGACCUCUAACCCCACCGCCGCUGAGGACACUGGGAUAUGGAGUUUUACCCCUAUUCACAUAAUGCACAACGUACACAGGGUAGCAGGACCUCAACAGGGUCGAGUGACUGCUAGGGCUGGCACAAUUACCGUAUAACCGCUUAACUGACGGUUAUGGAUGAAGACUGUCAUGAAAAUAAAAUCACCUUCAUAACCAUUGAAAUUAUGAUCAUGUUUUUUUUUUGGGGGGGGGGGGGUGGAAUGAACAGCUGACGGGACGGCUGGGCAUUUGUGCGGUUGCGUCGGUUUCUGCUGUAACACGGACUCUACAACAGAUGAAACUUUGUUGCUCCUUGGUGAAACAGGCAGGAUGUUGUAGCAAACUAGUAUUCGGUUGCCUAGGCAACGCCCCCCCCCCCCCCCCCCCCCCCUCCCUGCAGCAGCAGUCAGUAGAGAGAAAAUGUGUGUCUUUAAAGCGGCAAUCUGCGGUUGAAACAAUAAAGCACCCCUGCUUUGGUGUAAAGCUGAGGGACGGGGCAGGAGGAAUGUAACCACUCUUAAAUUCAUAAACAGAGCUAUGGAUGCAAAGACUGACCAUCCAUGAUGUCAGAAUUAUAGUAUUAACCAUUUUUUCAGGGUAAAGUGUUAGUUUUAGAUUUACUUUGUUUACAAACAUUGUAGUAAAAACAAGCUUAUAUUUUAGGUUCUGAUGGCGUAUAACAUUUGAACUAAAUGAGGCAUUUGUAAGUUAUAUUCUUCAAGAAUCAAUGAGUACAUAUCACUCAGUCACAAGUCCCAAAAUGAAUGUAGCAACUGCAGAUUGCCCCUUAAAAAAUAUAUAUCAUAUCGUUCUGUUCGGGACUCAGAUGUCACUUGCAACCAGGGUUGAGUAGGUUACUCUCUAAAUGUAAUCCGUUAGUUACUAGUUACCUGUCCAAAAUGUAAUCCGUUAGUUACUAGUUACCUGUCCAAAAUGUAAUCCGUUAGUUACUAGUUACCUGUCCAAAAUGUAAUGCAUUAGUUACUAGUUACCUGUCCAAAAUGUAAUCCGUUAGUUACUAGUUACCUGUCCAAAAUGUAAUCCGUUAGUUACUAGUUACCUGUCCAAAAUGUAAUCCGUUAGUUACUAGUUACCUGUCCAAAAUGUAAUCCGUUAGUUACUAGUUACCUGUCCAAAAUGUAAUCCGUUAGUUACUAGUUACCUGUCCACAAGGUAAGGGUAAAAUAACCUUUGGAUUACCCAAACUUCAGAAUGUAAUCCGAUUACUUUCUCGCUGAUUAAAGUUACAUGUAUUUUAUUUGAUGUGACUGAUUACAUGUAACAAAUGACUCCCCAUGCAACCCUGUUUGCAACUUACGUCUACAGCAGAAAUUGCAUCCAAAUUGCUUUGUGCGACACAGGCUUUAGACUAUUGAGACACAACUACCGGGGCUGGUCAGAACUAGACAACUGAACUCUCAUGAAAAGAGGAAGUUAUUUGUGGGUGGUGUCUGGGAGGGGAAGGAACCCAGAAACAAUCCACUGCCAAACGGCAGCUUCUGCAGACCUCUAUUGCCACAGCACAGCAGGCUUAUUGCCUUGUCCACUAAAUCAGUCAAUGUCAUACAUACUGUACAUACAUACUGUACAUACAUACUCUACAUACACACAGAAGAAAACAUGUUUUUUCUUUCUCCUCUUAUGCUUAUCUACACUGUGAUCUGUCUGUAGGAGGAGUGAGGCGGAGUGAUUCCCUUUUACCCAGCCAGCUUUGAUGUCUCACAUCGUGAAGAACAAGGGAGGAGAAAAGAGUUGCGGUGGUAGUGAUGGUCAUGAACUUUGACCUGCCCACCAGGCCUACUUUGAAUCCUAUUGCUGUUAUGCUUUCGUUGGGAAUAUAAACCUGACAAAUGCAUGCAUGGCCAUAUCAGGGGCGUAUUCACUAGGAACCAAACGGGCCGAAACGAGGAGGGACAAACUUGUCCAAUGAGAAACACUAAUAUUUGCUAAUGUUUUCUAUGGUAUGCACUAAUGAAUACACCCCUGUUUUUCUCUCUCUGAUGGUGUAUUCUCUCCACACAGUUUUUCUGCCCGCCAAUCAUCACUAAUGAAUACACCCCUGUUUUUCUCUCUCUGAUGGUGUAUUCUCUCCACACAGUUUUUCUUCCCGCCAAUCAUGUGUAUUUUUUUGUUAUGGGCAUUGUGAAUGGAUUCAUUUAGGAUAGUUACUCUGCUCAAAAGCUGGUGUACAUGUUUGUCCUCCAAACCAUGGUAACACUUAGUAAUAUCUUUCAUGAAAAAAAAACAUCAAAUGCUUUAUAAACUAUACAUGUUAUAAAAUAGUAUGCUUAUAAAGGCUUACAAAUAACACUUAAGUUUAUAAAUGGUUUAUUAAUGGCCUGCCGAGUGGGCAGUGCUAGCUGUGCCACUAGAGUUCCUGGUUCGAGUCCAGGCUCUGUCCCAGCCAGCCGUGACCGGUAGACCCAUGGGGCGGCGCACAAUUGGCCUAGCAUUGGCCGGGUUAGGGGAGGGUUUGGCCGGCAGGGAUGUUCUUCUCCCAUUGCACUCUAGCGACUCCUAUGGCGAGCUGGGUGCAAUGCACGCUGACACAGUCGCUUUCCAGCUUCCGAGUUAAGCAGGCAUUGUGUCAAGAAGCGGUGCUGUUCAGCUCGGUUAUGUUUCGGUUACGCACGGGUCUCCACCUUCGCCUCUCCCAAGUCUGUACGGGUCUCCACCUUCGCCUCUCCCAAGUCUGUACGGGAGUUGCAGCGAUGGGACAAGACUGUAACUACCAAUUGGAUACCACGACAUUGGGGAGAAAAGGGGGUAAUUUUUAAAAUAAAUAUGUUUAUGAAUGCCCAUUCAUGAAAGUUGAUUUAAAGUGUUACCAAAAUCUCAUGUAAUUUUCUCUUGAAAUUGUCUCUGUGCAACAGUUGCCUAGUCAUGUACAUUGGAGGUUUUAUUUUACCUACUGAAGCCAUAAGAGGCACGGCUCUUAAUGUUCCCUGACUUAUUGAUCUGUGUUGUUCGAUUCACUGUUUGCCUCCGGGACCAUUCUGUUUUUGCUGACAAAUAUAGAUUAGUGAAAUAUUGAAAAUGGUCUUUUGUUAAAUUAACAUUUUGUUCACACAGCUUCUUUUUUUUUUACUGUGAAUGUUUGUUUAUUUGAACGUCGCCUAGUAAGAAGUCGUCCUUCAGUGUCACAAUAUACAAUGUUACUUAAGAAGUCGUCCUUCAGUGUCACAAUAUACAAUGUUACUUACAGUAGACUUGUGAAAACAAUCUGUCAACGAGUAGAAAAGUGUUUUAUGCAUUUUCUGAACGUAAUAUUGUGAUGCUUAUUUAAUUGUAAUUGCUAGAUCUAAACACUGAGUACAGAAAUAAGCUUCAUAUUAUAUUGAUAUUACAUGUGCUUUCUUUGUUGACAAGGUCCCAAGAUACUGUCUCGUGCGUUGUCCUGCAAGCACUAUCCUUAGUCAAAGCCACAAUGACCAAGUCUCUACUAAUAUUACCUGAACAUAGAUAUGAGGGUAAGCAAUAAUGUAUUAUUGCUACUUUUAAUAUUUAUGAAACGUGUCGUUAAAGAUUAAAGUCUAAGAUAAACUGUU